GGUCUUGAAACGCUGAAGCACGCCAUUCUGUUUAUGAUUUCUAUUAAUGAUUGACGCUGCUGUUUAAAGGUAUUUUAAUGUCUGCCUUAUUUGUAUUACAACAUAGUUGGGGAGGACAGGGGGGAAAGGGUGGACGGCUCCCUGUCUAGUAUUUGUCGCCUAUAGCUAGUUAUAGGUCUUCUUGUGGAAGCGCCGACAGACGGACGGCCGCGCGACUUCGCAUUUUCUAAUAAACAGCAGCACGAGCGAUGGCUUCGGCGUCACAUUUCUUACUGUAUUUUUCAUAAGGCGGUGAAGUGGACAUCGUGAAGGUUUUAUUCUGUGCUAGUUUCGUGGUUGCCAGCAUGACAUUGCAGCUACGAGCAAGAGCCGCUUCGAUUAUGGGAACAUUCAGAUUUGAGGAACCCUGAUCCAAUUGGCUCCGGCACCACCCUACCAGGUGACCUUACAGCGGGGGAGACGGGUAAGGAGACCCAGCCACAGCCUCCCCUGUCCAACAGUGCAUUGCACCGUGCCCACCUCCACCAUGUCCACCCCCAGCGGCAGCCCCGAGAGAGAGUGCUCCACAGGGGGACCCAACCAGCUGGAGUGUCCCCCUUCCUCUCCCCCUGGCAUGGACCAUUCCAUGGGAAGCCCCCUCCUCAGCCCGGACUCAUCUUGCCAAGAUGCCAUGCUCUCGGCCCCCGCCGCCUCCCCCGCCGACUCUGAGAGCCUGAGCCCUGACGAGCUAGAGCUGCUGGCCAAGCUUGAGGAGCAGAACAGACUUCUGGAGGCGGACUCCAAGUCGAUGCGCUCGAUGAGCGGCUCGCGGCGGAACAGCGGCUCGUCACUUGUGUCAAGCUCCUCUGCCUCGUCCAACCUGUCCCACCUGGAGGAGGACACCUGGAUCCUGUGGGGACGCAUCGUCAACGAGUGGGACGAAUGGAGACGCAAGAAGGACAAGCUGCUCAAGGAGCUGAUCCGCAAGGGCAUCCCACACCACUUCCGGGCCAUCGUGUGGCAGUUGCUUGGUAACGCCACAGACAUGCCAGUGAAGAACCAGUAUUCUGAGCUGCUCAAGAUGUCCUCGCCCUGCGAAAAGCUCAUCCGCCGGGACAUCGCCCGCACCUACCCCGAGCAUGAGUUCUUCAAGGGCCAGGACAGCCUGGGUCAGGAGGUGCUCUUCAACGUCAUGAAGGCGUAUUCUCUGGUGGACCGGGAGGUGGGCUACUGCCAGGGCAGUGCCUUCAUCGUGGGCCUGCUGCUCAUGCAGAUGCCAGAGGAGGAGGCGUUCUGCGUGUUUGUGCGUCUGAUGCAGGAGUACCGUCUGAGGGAGCUUUUCAAACCAACUAUGGCUGAACUAGGCCUCUGUAUCUACCAGUUUGAAUACCUGCUGCAGGAGCAGCUCCCGGAGCUGAACGUCCACUUCCGUUCUCAGAGUUUCCACACCUCCAUGUACGCCUCCUCCUGGUUCCUCACUCUCUUCCUCACCUUCCUCCCCAUGCCCGUCGCCACACGCAUCUUUGAUAUCUUCAUGUACGAGGGUCUGGAGAUUAUAUUUCGUGUGGGCAUGGCCAUUCUGCAGUACAACCAGACUGACCUCAUCCAGUUGGACAUGGAGGGCAUGUCUCAGCACUUCCAGAAGUUGAUCCCUCACCAGUUUGACAGCUGCCCAGACAAGCUGAUCCUGAGGGCCUACCAGGUCAAAUACAACCCCAAGAGGAUGAAGAAGUUGGAGAAAGAGUACACCACAAUCAAGAACAAAGAGAUGGAGGAGCAGAUAGAGAUCAAGAGGUUACGCACAGAGAACAGGCUUCUGAAGCAGAGGAUUGAGACAUUGGAGAAGGAAAGUGCUGCUCUAGCAGACAGGCUGAUACAGGGUCAGGUGACGCGGGCGCAGGAGGCGGAGGAGAACUACGUGAUCAAGCGGGAGCUGGCGGUGGUGAGGCAGCAGUUCAGCGUGACCAGCCAGAACCUGGAGAAAGCCCAGGACACCAUCGGAGAACUGCAGCGGGAGAAGUACACAGAGCAGUUUGUGACCGGUCUGCAGACGCAGCUGGAGCAGUCCCGGCUGCAGGAGGCAGAGCUACUGGGAGCCCUCAAAGAGAUGCAGGACAAAGUACUGGACCUAGAGAAGAGGAGCAGCUCUCUGCCUGAUGAGAACAACAUGGCCCAGCUACAGGAUGAGCUGAAGCUGGUGAAGCUCCGAGAGCUGGAGACACUGCACUCCUUCAGAGAGAUGCAGGACACGGUGACCGAGCUCAACCAGCGCUGGCAGCUCCACAUGUCAAAAGGCGGCGGGGGUGGAGGUCACUGGAAGGAAUCCCCCAAGAAGAAUGCCCUGAACGAGCUGCAGGAGAAGCUGAUGGGGGUGCGUCUGAGAGAGGCCCAGGCCCAGGCUGAACUCAGGGAGGUCAAACUCCAAGCCAUACAGCUGGAGAGCAAGAACCAGAUUCACAGCAAGCUGAUUGGGCGCCAUGAGGUGGAGAGCGCCGCCAUGCAGGAGAGGCUGCAGCAGCUGGCGGGCCAGAACAAGGGGCUGCAGUCCCAGCUCACCGAGAUGAAGAGGAAACGGGCCGAGCUCGACUGCAAGAGUAAAGAGGAGGUGAUGGCUGUGCGUUUGCGGGAGGCUGACAGCAUGGCCGCCAUGGCUGAGCUCAGACAGAAGAUAGCUGAGCUGGAGAUACAGAAGGAGGAGGGUCUGAUCCAGGGCCAGCUGAACCACUCUGACUCCAGGCAGUACAUCACCCAGCUUCGAGACCAGAUCGGAGAGCUCAAGAACGAGAUCAGGCAGCUCCGCGGGCAGCGCUCCAAGUUCGCCCCUGGUUCCCGGGACGGGGGGCGGUGGCUACCCGGAUCUGUGUCUAGCUAGCCCCUCGUCGGCCGGAGGCGACUACCUGAGCUCGGAUGAGGACCUUCUCCCCAGCCCCAUCCCCCCCCAAUGCCAUGUACCCUGCCCUGCCCCACCCCCACCCCUCGGCCAGGCUGGACAGCGAGGGCAGCACCGACAGCGAAGCAGAGGCCAACCCGGACCACCCCCACCACGGCCCCUCGCAGCAGCUCUACACUAGCAUGGUGUGUGCUGAGGUCCUGGACAACUGAGCAAUGGAGGUCCCUGGAACUACCUGGUCCUGACCUAGACUACUAAAGAUACUGUACUAUGCAUCUCUUUAGUAUUAGAGAUGCUGUACUCACCCCAACUUUAUUGUACUACUGUUCUCACCCUAAACUCCUACUGUAACCUGUAACGGACAUCCUCCCCUCCUCCUUCGCGUUGGUGCCAUGGUCUCUCCUCUUUUGUCAUUCUCUUCUCUCCAUCUCCCCCUUUACUUCUCUCUUCAGUUAUCCCUCUCUUUAUCUCCCUCCUCUCUCCCUAUAUCUCUCCCUGAAUCUCUUUCUCCUUUACAUUCUCACCGGCAGACCCUAUAUUCCCUAUGGGGGUAGAGUCAAUUCCAGUCCGAUUCCCCUCUCCUGUCCUGUCCUUGCCAUUAGUUUCCACGCUGCACUCCGGACCUGAGUGAAGAACAGAUAACUUCAGUACGCUCGCUCACUGUGCAGCAAAGCAUAUCCAAUCCUCACAGAAAGCCGAGAAAAUAAAAAGGAUUGAAAAUUGACCCCAAAAAAUUGCUUUCAACUUUCAAUACUCCAACCGUGUACCACACAGCAGUGACUAUGAGAUGCAUCGGACGUCACUUUGAUUAAAUGAUUCCCCUCAAGUUUGGAAGGACUCUUCCAUAUGGAUUUGGGAUCGCUAAAAGAUGAGAUGGAUGGAUGACUUGUUGGGCUUGACCCUGCUCGUACUGUACUGUCCCAUGAGCGAGAUGUGGAACACGCCGCCUCCCUCCAUCUCUCUCUUUCCUCCUCCUUUUCUCUCUCUCUCUCUGUCUCCAUCUCUCUCUUUCUGCCAUUCCAUCAUUCCAAGAAGACCCAUUAGCCACCUGCACUGCCUGUUACAAUGGAAACAACCCUCCACUGUAACCUCACAAUGCACACUUCAAAAAAAUGAGAGCGAGAGGGAAGGAAGGAAGGAUAGAGGUAGGAAAGGAGUAUGGUAUGGACUUGUACACAUCAAUAUCAUAGGGAUGUUACUAGAUGACAUCACAUGCAUAGAUCGAUAUUAACAAUUUAUCUUACUGAAAUUGUAUGUUGUGUGUGUCUCAAUGCCUUGCAAAUGAAACAAGGCAAGUGAAUGACGACGCUCAUGUCAACAACAACAAAAAUCUCAACGUUGCCAAAUCCUUUUUUUUCUGCUAUUAUUUAUGUUGUUAUUUAUUUUAACCUUUUUAAAAAAAUAUAUCUCUACAAAUAUAAAUAUAUAGAUGGAUACCAACGGCGGCCAAACUUUAUACAUGUUUUAGUUCCCUUGGUCCUUCGUGCCAAUAUAUUUGAAAUGUGUUAAGGAAUUUCUAAACCCUAAAAGCAGAUAUCAACACACAAGUGCUUGUAAGAGGACAGCAAUGGCUCAGUCAAUCAUUCAUUUUGUCUAAUGGUGAGGCUAGAGUUUGACUAGUUUGGGAUGGAUUGGCAUGUGUCCUUUAAAAGGCUGUGUGAGUGACGUGAAGGUGUUCAUUUUGAGAGUUACGGGGGAGAAAGAAAUAUGAGAAUUUGUUGAAAUUUUCGAUCAGAGGCAAAAUAAUAUAUACUUUACGAGCUACAAGUGUACUGAUCAAACCAUCAUAAAUAUCAUUAUCAAGUUGGACCAGGGUCAUCACUCUCUCUGUUGUUCUGUUCUGUUGUUCUCGUCUCAGUCAUGGUACUGUAUGAUUUAUCAAUACCUCUCCUUCCAGAACAGCCAACUGUGACAUCACUUCCUCUUUCUACUGCCUGUUACCAAUAGGAUUUAGGGAUGGAUGGAAACAUUCAGUUGAACAUGUUGACUGAAAAUAUCUGACUAUCUGAUGUGUGCUGUUACUACAGCUUCAGAUGGCUAUAAUGCACAGGUGUUAACAGACUGGGAGCAGUAUUUUUGCCUAGUAUAUACCUCACUGGCUAACUAUGUGGCAUAUCAUCCCAAUAGUCUUGAAUAUAUGACAAAUGCUUGUGAGAAUUAGCUUUAGCUCAGUCAUUAGGAGCGGGGAGACGAAUGCAUCGGCUUGGUGUCAUGUUUCCAAAGCAUUCAAUUGUUCUGUGUUUAUAUCAAUGGGACAGAGUUGAUCAUGGGAAUCGAUGAUGGCCGUCGAGAAAAAAGCUCCAUGUCGUUUCCAUAGAAACUCUAUAUAGAUGGAAGGAGCGUUGUCUUACUUCUGUGGCAGACACUUCACAUUUCUACAUUCUUACAACAGUGGAAGUGAAACGUAUGGAAUAUUAUUGAAUUAUACAAUAUGACAACCUGAACGAAAGUAUUAAUAUAAAUAUAUCACAAUAAUAAUUGAGUUGAUUUGCUGAGGCAGACUGCAGGGGAUGUGUGGUAUUAUAUUCAAUAGGGUGUUAUAUAGAUCCUAAGAUUCUAGAUACAGAUCCUAAGAUUCUAGAUACAGAUCCUAAGAUUCUAGAUACAGAUCCUAAGAUUCUAGAUACAGAUCCUAAGAUUCUAGAUACAGAU